AUGGCGUUUCUCGGUGUAUACCGCGCCAUCUACGACUAUGUGCCCCAGAGCGAGGGCGAAUUGACCCUGACCGAGGGGGACCUGCUCUUUGUUUUGGACAACAACUCGGACGACGAUUGGUGGAAAGCAAAGAAGAAGGCCAUGUCGGAUGAAGAAGACGAGCCAGAGGGCUUGAUUCCAAACAAUUACAUCGACCAGGCGCAUCCUCUGUACCAAGCCAAGGCCCUUUACGACUACACCAAGCAGACUGAUGAAGAGCUCUCAUUUCCCGAAGAGGCUCGGUUGGAUGUUUACGACACGUCGGAUGAAGACUGGACGCUUGUUGGUCUGAAUGGACAAUACGGCUUUGCUCCCGCCAUCUACAUCGAGAAGGCUUCAGCCGCCGCCGCCGCCGCCGCCGCCUCAGCCGCUGCUCCUGCUAUGCCCGUACGACCACAAGUCGCAAGCCCUGAGCCUGAAGAAGCUGAAUGGAACGAGUCCCCGCCCGAGAGUCCGGUACAUAACCCUGCCGCUGCUCUGGCAGGCAUCAUUGCACAAAAGACUGGUCAAUCACAAACCCAGGCGCGCUCAUAUCAAGAACCUAUGGAUCGUGGACUCGCUUCUCCACCUCUACCUUCACGACCUCAGUACACCCCAGAUGAGUCCGAAGACGAACCAGCACCCAGCAUGCCUCCACGACCUAUCUCAGCUGUCUCACGCGAACCUGUUCGCUCACCCAUGUACUCGCCAGCUGAGCGUGAGCCGCAAGGUGUCAGUACCUCACUUCCAUACAACAGAGCCAUGGCUAUUGAGGACGAGGAGGCUGCUCUUAGAUCGCCUGGUGGUUUCCGUUUAUACAACAUCUCCGAAGUCGUCUCGCAUCUGGGAAAGAACAAGAAGAUGCCUAUCACUUUGGGCAUCAACCUCGCCAAGGGCCUGGUGUCGCUUUCUCCUGCCAAGGCACGAGAUGGUCCAUCUCAAGAGUGGUCAGCCGAUCGACUUUCCAACUACUCGAUCGAGGGCAAGCAUGUUUUCCUGGAUCUGGUACGCCCUAGUAAAAGUGUCGACCUUCACGCUGGCGCAAAGGACACUGCUCAGGAAAUUAUUGGUAUUUUGAGCGAAUUAGCCGGCGCUUCAAAGGCUGAAGGCCUUCGUGAGGUGUGGGCAGCGAGUUCUGGCACGGGCGCCGGCGGAAAGAAAAAGGGUACAAUGCUUUAUGAUUUCAUGGCUCAAGGAGAGGACGAAGUCACUGUGGCCAUUGGCGACGAAGUGGUUAUUUUGGACGACACCAAGAGCGAAGAAUGGUGGAUGGUCAAACGACUCAAGAAUGGAAAAGAAGGUGUUGUUCCCAGCAGCUAUGUUGAAAUCACCGGAACUCUGCCUGAGCCAUCCUCGGCCUACACUGGUCUCAACGCUGCUCGUUCCACUGUCGAACAGAACAGACUCGAGGAACAGCGCCUUACGAGGGAAGUAGCGAGGUCUUCAACGAUACGCGAAUCGGAUGAUGGAAGCAGACCCGAGCGUCACAGCAGUUUGGCCAAGGAAGACAACCGCAAGAGCAGGCACAGCAAGAGUGAUAAAAGCGAUAAGCCGAGUAAGUUUUCCAUCAAGCCAAACGCUGCAAGAGUGCGCACUUGGACAGACAGAUCUGGUUCUUUCAAGGUUGAGGCUGAGUUCAUUGGCCUCAAGGAUGGCAAGAUUCAUCUUCACAAGCAAAAUGGUGUCAAGAUUGCUGUCCCUGUCAACAAAAUGGCCAUCGAGGACCUGGAAUAUGUGGAGAGAGCUACCGGUGUCUCUCUUGACGAGGACAAGCCGCUCUCUGAGAUCAAACGCAGAAGCACUGAGAAGCGAAAGGACCGACCAGAGCGACUACAGCAAUCCGGUGCCACAUCAGGUGCUGUCGUUGAACAAAAGUCUGAUUACGAUUGGUUCGAUUUCUUCCUCGGCGCUGGUGUCAACCCUCAGAUCUGCGAGCGUUAUGCUGCAGCCUUCAGUCGCGAUCAAUUGGGCGAGGACAUUCUGCCGGAUGUCGACACCCAGUUGCUGCGCACACUCGGCCUCAAAGAAGGCGAUAUUCUUCGUGUGAUGAAGUACCUGGACAACAAGUUUGGCCGCAGUGGGCAGAAGAAGAAUGUCAGUUUUGGCGACGACGAUGCAGAUGGUGCAGCCGAGGGCGGUCUCUUCUCUGGACCGGGCGGCGCUCUGAGAAACAACACACGAAAGGGAAGACCUGCUCCUGCCGUGCAGACAAACGAUGUUGUCGAUGCCGAUGCAUUCAAGCAGAAGGACGAGAUAUCCAAGGUCGAAACACCUCUUGCCUCCGCACCAGCCAGAGCUGCUGCAUCCGCUGGAUUUGACGAUGAUGCAUGGGACGUGAAGCCGUCAAAGACUGCACCUGAAGCAGCAGCUCCCGCACCGGCCCCUGCAAAGGCUCCUUCGCCGCCACCUGCUCCUGCUGCUCCUGAACCACCGAAGCUUACUCAGAACAUGUCAGACCUGUCUUUGCUCUCUCCCGCAUUGCAACCGACACCUGCACCUCAACCUACGCCCCAGGCUCCUCCUGCCGCUCCACAGCAGCCUGCAAGAACUGGAGCCGACCCCUCUUUCUUCGACAAGCUUGCUGCUCCCUCCCCUCUGCAAUCUCAGAUGACAGGCAUGAGACAGCGUCCUGCAGCACCGAACCAAAUGCAAACAGGCAACUCGAUUAUUGCACCGCCACCUCAACGUGCAGCUUCUGCUCCUGGCCUUCCUCAGCAAGGCUUUGCUCCACCAGCUCUCCAACCCCAGAUGACUGGCUACCAGGCACCUCCUGGCCAGAGCCUGCAGAGCAUGCAACAACAGCAGCAGUUCCAGCAACAGCAGAUGACUGGAUUCUCCCAGCAGCCUGGUUAUCAAGGUCUUAUGCCUCAGGCGACAGGAUUCAUGCAGCCCCAACAGACUGGCUUCCCAGCACAGUACCAGAUGCCACAGGCUACAGGCUAUGGCCAGCAACAACCCUACCUCAACGGCCAGGCCACAGGCUCGCCUUUCGCAGACCCUACUCCUCGUCCUGUUUUCCAGUCCCAGCCUACUGGUAUGAGCCAAUCAUACAUGCAACCCCAGCAAACAGGCUUUGGCUUCACACCUCAGAGUCAAUUUGGCCAGAGUUACGCUCAACAACAAAAUGGUUACGGCGCGUUCGGACAACAGGCACCGCCUAUGCCUCCAAUGCCACCCAUGCCUGCUCAACCCACCGGCCUGCAACCUCUUGUACCCCAAAAGACUGGUCCUCCUCCACCAGUCCGCUUCGGAGUGCAGCCUGCUGCUAGACUGACACCGCAACCCACUGGCAGAGCCAACCUGUCCAAGGCGACGCCACAGAAUCCCUUUGGCUUCUAG